GCUGACUGGGGAGCUGCAGAGUGAGAUCACCGACGCCGCGGCGCGCCUAGUCCGUACACAGUCAGUACACACUCCUGCGGAGCUUCCAACCGUCCAGCCAGGCGUGUCGGCUCGACUUGCUGCGGGAUUCACCUGAGAGGAUCGGGAGCCGCACGUGAGGCGGCAGGCAGGCGGACCGUGCCCGGGCCGGAUGGUGAGAGGCAGCGGGGCGGUGCAGGGAGACAGGAGCGAUGCGGCGGCGGUUGACGCGCAGCCGGGUCCUGCUGGCGUUGUUUGUGGCAGCUUGGGUCCUGGGCAUCGUGUACUAUAGCGCCCUGAUCAGCUCCGACAGCGGUAGCACCGACGGUGGGGUGGUCAACUACUUCUUGGGCCGAGACACCAGUCAGGUGUAUGGGCAGUCUCUCGGAGUCAACUUUGAUGGACGAACGUACAUAGAAGGAGGGCAGCAUGAUUCCAAGGACUCCUACAAGAGGCAUGCCUUUAACCUGGCCGAGAGUGACAAAAUCUCCAGUAACCGCCCUGUGCCAGACACCAGGAAUUACAGGUGCUCAGCCCUGGAGUAUGACACCUCCUCCCUGCCCCAGACUAGUGUCAUCAUCACCUUCCACAACGAGGCCAGAUCUGCUCUCCUCAGGACCAUCACUAGUGUGCUGAAUAGAAGCCCCCCAGAGCUGGUACGAGAGAUCGUCCUUAUUGAUGACUUCAGCGAUGAUCCGGAGGACUGCAAGCAGCUGACGUCCAUCCCUAAGGUCCGCUGCCUCCGCAACGAGCGCAGAGAAGGGUUGAUGAGAUCACGGGUGAAAGGUGCGGACGCCUCCAACUCGGACGUGUUGACCUUCCUGGACAGUCACUGUGAGGCUAACAAGGACUGGCUGCAACCACUGCUGCAGAGGGUGAAGGAGGACCCCACACGUGUGGUGAGCCCCAUCAUUGAUGUCAUCAGUAUGGACACCUUCCAGUAUAUUGGUGCUUCUUCCGAACUGAGGGGAGGAUUUGACUGGAGCCUUCAUUUUAAGUGGGAACAUCUAUCAGAAACCCAGAAAGCCUCAAGAAAAGACCCAACUGAACCCAUCAAGACACCAAUGAUUGCUGGUGGCCUGUUUGUUAUCGACAAGUCGUGGUUCAACAAACUGGGCAAGUAUGACACCAUGAUGGACAUCUGGGGAGGGGAGAACUUCGAAAUCUCUUUCCGUGUAUGGAUGUGUGGUGGCAGUCUGGAAAUUAUUCCCUGCAGCAGAGUCGGACAUGUUUUCAGAAAAAGACACCCCUACACCUUUCCAGAAGGAAAUGCAAAUACAUAUAUAAAAAAUACACGCCGCACUGCUGAAGUGUGGAUGGAUGAUUAUAAAAAUAACUUUUAUGCUGCGAGACCCUCAGCAAAGGGAAAACCAUAUGGAAAUGUUCAAGGCAGAAAAGAACUUCGAGAGAAGCUGAACUGCAAGACUUUCCAGUGGUACUUAGAAAAUGUCUACCCAGAACUGGAGAUUCCUGGCAAACGCAGCACCCUUUGGGGGGAACUGAAGCAGGCCAAUCAGUGUCUGGACACACUGGGGCACAAGCCGCCUGGUGCGGUGGGCAUGCAGGCCUGCAACUUACAUCCUGGGGGAGGCCUAGCUUCACGUCAGGAAUGGGCCUUGACCAAGUCUCACACUAUCCAGCACGGAUCACACUCAUGGUGCCUGGCCGCUGACACAGCCAUCCCGGGAACACUGGUGUACCUCUUCACAUGCAACGAACAAGAAACAAAAUGAGGUGGAAACGACAGGACCGCCUGAUCAUGCACGUUGCCACAGGACUGUGCCUGGACAGUGUGGAAGCUGCCCAGGGUCUGGGGGUCACCAUCGAGCAGUGUGACAAAACCAGAGUCUCCCAGCAGUGGGAGUACACUCUGGACAGGAAACAGAGAUGACAGACGGGAACUACCGCAGCAGACUGGACCAGAUAGAGGAUGUCACAACACAGGCCCUGGUUGGAGUGUGUAACCUGUUCUCAUGAAUCUGUCCCAUUCUCACUGGGGCAUGUUCCACUAAUGGAAUUAUGAAUCACUUUUUACUAUCGUUCACAGGACUCAGUUUGUCUGUCUCUGUGACAAACAGCUGCCACAGAGAAAAGUGUUGGAUACUUGAAUGUUUAUGGGCUGACAUGAGGUUAUAUUGUGAGGAACAUGAAAUGUGUUCUGGUGAGAUACAUGUAGUUUCAUGGGAAAGUGUAUUAAAUUCUACCAAGGGUCACAAGAUCUUCCUACACCUGUGGAAAUAUUAUGCAUGUAUAUGUGUAAUUUUGGAAGGUUCCUAUUUAUGCAAGGUCUGUCUGCUGCAAAACAUUACUAGUACUUGAACUUUAAUGUCAAGUGACUCAGUCUGAUAGGAAAAGUGUUAGUCUCAGCACUAAUGUGUAUCUAAGUGAAAAUAUGGAGACACAUGAUAGGUCACCUGGAGAAUGAUGUAAUUAUAGUACCACUGGCAUCUUCUUUUUCCGAGACACAUCAGAAAAAGCUGCCAAAAGGUCAAUGUACAUGAAAUUUCUAUUUCAGUUGAUAUUGAUAUGACUUUAUCCUGUCUUAUAUUGGGAAGAUGACAGAGAAAUUACUGUCAUUUGCAUGAUAGAGAAAUAUUAUGCUAGUUUCUUAACUAUUUCUGAAAGAACUUUUUAAAGUUAUUUACAUAGGAGUUACCGGUAACCAAUGGAAUGCUUUUUAUAGGAAGAGUGGUGGAUAUAUUAAUCUUCAAGGUUAUUUAGCUACAAUGUAUUUAACAGAACAACCGUUUUGGUUGAUGACACAUUUCGUUUGGCUUGUAGGUGUAUUUAAUACAAAAAGUAAUAUAUCAUGAUGUAAAGUAUAUGCUACCAUUCCAGAGGACUGAUUUUAUCAAGUACAUUUUAUAAAAGUGUGGGUUUUUCUCCUUCCAUUCCACUUUUUCACACAUAUUAUGUGUGGAACUUUUAAUUAACUUGUGCCAAUAUAGGAAAACUGUAAUUGUUGCUUAUUUAUUGCUGUAUUCAGUGCUUCGCCAUGACUCCAGAAAGAGAACCUACGGCGUUUUGAUUUGAAAAUCUAGUUCAUCAUUAUUUUUAGUAUGUGUACUUGUGCAAGCUACAUGUAUAGGAGUACAUGCUCUUGGAAUUGCCUUUGGUAGGGCAGUUCAUUAAUUAGUGAGUUUUAUGUGAUAUUGUGGGAACAGUGUCCUACUCAAUACAGAAGACAAUCUGCAUUUAUGUUGUACUUUGCCUGCAAACCAUAUCUUUUCCAACUAAGUGCUUUGCAACCUAUAAAGCUAUGCAACUCUCUGCCUAAAGUACUUUCUUUCCUAUGCAUUUCUGUAAAACAUAAUGCAUGACAAGGCAAAAGGAGUCUGCCAUUAUACAGUGGGCCUAAUAGUAAGAUUCUGUACAGUGUAUCUGUGAGGUAAAUUUGCGACCAAGCCAGUGGAAAUAUCAGUCUUACCUAGACUAGGUGUUCUCUGUUCUAAUAGGACCUGAAUGUUCACUCAAGGAAAACUGUGAGAUGUAUUGUGACCUAUGCUAUGUAAUAGAGAAACAUUUGAGGAACAAGGUGAUCAGUGAUGAACAUUUGUAAUACGUAAUGAUUGUUCACCUAAUUGUGAAAUACUGAUGUAAUGAUCUUGACUUAGCAAUACUAAUAGAGAACAUUAUACAUUCUUACUGCAAAGCCAAAUGAAGAAAACAGUCCACAUCCACACUCAAUUUGUCUUUAAUUCCUUUUCUAUUGACAUCCUGGUCAGGAAUCAAUGGUCAUCAUAUGAAAUUAUUAUAAUGUACUUUUGUGUACUAUGUACAGUGCACAGUAUAGACUGGAAAUCAUGUGGUCAUCAGACUUAACUGCUAUGCAGUUAUGAAGAUUAUGAUGAUAGGAAAGGGAGGGAACAACAUUUGUGUCUUAGUGACAUUUGUGACAUUCCAAAUAUAUUUUAAUGUUUUCAAAAGCUGCAGACUAUACAGCCAGUACAUGUAUGUAAUGUACAAAUGUGCCAAUAAAAUAAUUGUAUGAUGUG